GGAGUUCAGCGGAACAACCAACAUAACAGAGACCGAAGCUUUUGGUCUAGCAGUAGCACUCAGCAUGCAGCAGAGCUCAGAGAGCCGCUGCAUUAGGAAGGAGGUUCGAAUGAAUUCCAGGCCGACAGACAAGGGGUUCCGCUCUCCGCGUGACCGCCCGACGCUCCGCUCAUACCGACAGGAACCAAAAUCAACCCACAAGUCACAACUAGCUAUCUCGAACAGCAAUCACACCUCUAGCCUCUCUAGAUAUACCACUGACAUCAUUAUGGUAAAAUAAAGAUAAGGCUAAACAAUUACAAGGUCAUGAACUUACAAAUAAUUACUGUUCGACCAGUUUCCUCCCACUAAUUUCCGAUCGAAUCACAAGCAGCAGUCAGUGCAGAAUCUUCGAUCGGAUCGGACAUCGACUGCAAACUCAACUUCAAGAUGGCGACUCUUCUGUGGAAACAGGCAGCAUUGAUGAUAGCUUGCAAAUGGACCCCAUCUUGUAUGUGCGUGCGGACAAUGAAGUCUGUCAACACAAGGAAGAAAAAGCCUAUGCACAUCAUGCGGGCCAAGCUAAUGGCACUGACAGAACGCAAGGAAAGGCCAGACCCAAGGUCUCUUGCUGAGCAGUGCAGCAUGAGGAAGAGUAUCAGGGAACCAGAACAAGAUAAGCCCCAUCUUGUUCGGGAGUUCUAUGCUAGACUUUGUCGACAGGUCUUUGCUUCCAGUAAGCUAAUUGCAGUCUUUCACUCUGAGGGAUUAUCAGUUGGAGAACAGAAUGACAUCAAACGAAGAUUGCGAAAGAAUAACAUUUUAGUAAAGGUGUAUGGUAACAGUAUAGUACAAGAAGCAAUCAGUGGCACUGAUCUGGAGAAUAUGAGACCUCUCUUUGUAGGCCCCUCUAUCAUUGCUGUAAGUGAGGAACUUCCUGUGAAAGAACUACUCAAAGCUACCAGGAGAAUACCAAAGCUUCAUCUUCUAGGUGGUAGAAUAGGGGACCAACUGAUGUCACCUAAAGGCAUGGAAGACUACUCCAAGUUACCUUCCCUAGAGAUCCUACAGGGGCAGUUUGCUGGUCUUCUCACUUCUUCCCUGAGUCAAACAUACUCCCUCCUCCAGGCCAAUCAACAGAGGCUGACCAUGAAUCUUGAUCAGCUGGUGAAGCAGGGAGGGGACUCGGGAGAUGGCACUGCAGAGGACAGAUGAUGAUGGGGGUUCCUAGAGUAGAUGUAGAGUUACGUAGAUGAUAUAAACACCAGUCCAUCUGUUGUGAGCCACAAAUACAUGAAAUUGUGAUAAGCAUUGGAAAUGGGAGCCUGAACUUUGAGAAUUCUAGCCAGAAAAAUUAGUUCACACGUUUCCAUCAAGAAGGCAGUUUUAUUCUGCAAAAGAAUGCUUGUGGCAUGUAUAUGGAAACUGGAACCAGACUAAUUUUGUUCACUUCAUCUCGAUUUGUAUUGUUAAAACCAAAAGCAAAUGCCCAAGCACAAGCAAAUGCUUACAUAAUUAUCCUUGCCCUUGCAGCCCCAAAGUAUGUAAUAGCUUGCAAUUCGAUAUAUGCCCUUUGUUACUAAAAUCUUCAAAUCCAAAAUACAACCGUUUCAUGGUAAUGAAUAGAGCUAAUAUACUCUGCAAUUGAAUACAUUUUGUGUAAAAACCAUGCACACAAAUUUGUGCUUAUUAUCCUAAUUAUCAUUAACAAAAGCAUUUACUUCACUUUUACCUUUGCUCUGAAGUUAGUUUUUGCUUAUGGUUUUGACAAUAGCAGUCACCCCGAUGUGAACAUGAUAAAAUGCAACUGACAAGCAACUGCUUUUUAAUAUGCAUCAUGAUUCAAGCAACAGGGGGGGGGGUGGCCUAGAAAAGCAAUUGCUGCUUAUUAUGCAGUUAGCCCAAUUGAUAGUAUUCUAGAUGUUAGCUUCAGUUAAAGUCCAGAGAAAACAAAAUUAUUGGACUACACUUAUUAUUGGAAUGUGCAGUCUCUUCUUAACUCAAAUUUAAUGACAAAUAUUACAAGUAAGUACCACAUAAUGAUUGACUUAGCUUGAUUUAGUACUCAGAUCAUCUUUUUCUUCACAUUUAAAUUUUCUUUUGUUGUAGUAUUACUCUGGAGGAUCAAAGUGUUUACCUUGUAUAAUGAGUUGGCAACAACCACUCAAUGAAGGUGUGGUCAGACUUAGAGCAAUGUUAUGAGAAUACCAACCAAUCUAUUUUCUUUUGCAAUAUCCUGUUUGGUUAUGAAUGAAAAUGGAAUGGUUUUAAUGAUUGUCCUCUCAUUCUGAUAAGAGUGCAUCAAGACCAGACUGAAUAUUGCAUGAAGCACAUUACAAACUAUCACUAUGCUCGAUUUGAAUCAUUAUGAGAAAAUACAUUUAAUUAAAGUUAUGUAUCUUUUGUACAUAUGAGUAAUAAAGAGAAAGAACAAAAAUA